AUGUCAGUUCACACAACAAUCGAGUACACAGACAACAAAGGUAAUGUUUAUUCUGGAGAACUCUACGUUCCGAGCUCGCCAGCUUCUGAAAAACAUCCAGGUGUUCUUAUAUUUCCUGCUUUUCGUGGAGUGACUCAAUUGGAAAUGACUCGUGCAAAACUGUUAGCUGAAGAACAUGGAUAUGUGGCUCUAGUUGCUGAUAUUUAUGGAAAAGGAAUUCGAUUCACUGAUAUUUCAACUGCACUUACAGUUAUUCGUCCACUUAUGGCUGAUAGAACAGGAAAGUUUAAAGAAAGACCCGAAGCUAGUAUUUGUGCUCUGAGAGCUCUUCCUUCUGUUGACCAAAGCAAACUUGCUGUAUUCGGAUUUUGUCUUGGAGGACUCUGUUCGCUUGAUGUGGCACGUCAUCGCUAUGAAGGCUUUCGAGCUGUGAUCAGUUUUCAUGGAACACUCUCCCCAAUCGAAGAAAUUCCCCUUGACCCAAUAGAUUAUAUUUCAAUUGAAGUUCACCAUGGAGAUCUAGACGAGCAUGUUCCAAAGUCCGCCGUUGACGCAUUCCACGAGGAAAUGAGAGCCAGAAAUGCCGAUUUCGUUUUUAUUUCUCAUGGGAAAGCAAUGCAUUCGUUCACUGAUCCAGAUUCUGCUAUAAUCGCACCAUCUGGUGUUGGCUACAACGAAAAUGCGGAAAAAAGGUCAUGGAAAGCUACAGUGGAGUUAUUAAAAGAAGUCUUUGCAUAA